UGCAUGGAAACAUCUAAUGGGCCGAUCGAGAUUCGUCCUCCACUCUCUUUCUAUUUCUCUCUCUAGACAAUAAAAUAGAAGUUCUGUUCUUCUCUGUUUACAAUUCUCGCUGAAAUCCAAGUUCUUGCCGUGCACCGCUGCUUCACUGCACACUCUAGAUAGAAUUUAUACACCAACAAUUGCAUAAAGCGAAAAGUAAGACUAGAUUUGUGAUAAUGGGGGCCUCGAGCUCCAAAAUGGAUGAUGAUAAGGCUCUCCAGCUGUGCCGUGAAAGGAAGAAAUUUGUUAGGCAAGCACUUGAUGGGCGCUGCUCUUUAGCGGCUGCUCAUGUUUCGUAUGUCCAGUCACUGAAAAGUACAGGAACAGCUUUGAGAAAAUUCACAGAACCUGAAGCACCAAUUACCAAUGCCACACUGGAGCCAUUUGAGAAAACCCUGUCCCAAUUUUCACUUUCUUCACGCUCUGUUUCUCAACACAUUGAUACAACUGAAACCUUUUCUCCAACUCCCUCUCCUCCUAGUUCUAGUAAGUUCCAAGCAAAUCAUAUGAAAUUUAGCUCCAGUUCUUCUAAAAAGGUUGAAGAAAAACUACCUGUUCCUGUUGUUGGAAUAGUAACAUCAUCAGGUACUCCACACGAUGCUGCUGCUCAAACCCCUGAAAAGUUUGAUCCAUCAGCAUCUGCUGGAGAUUAUUCUCUUCCAGUUGAAACUCCACCGUGGGAUUAUUUUGGUCUCUUUCAUCCUAUUGAUCAUCAAUUUUCUUUUCAAGAAGGCAAGGUCAUGCACCAAGAUAUGGUGGGGAAUGCUGAUGAUAUAACACAACUUAUGGAGGAGGAAGGAAUUCCUGAAUUAGAAGAUGAUGAGAAGGUUUCUUCUAAUGGUAGGGAAGACUCUACGGACUCUGAAGAUGAAUUUGAUGAUGAGCCUGCCACAGAUAACUUAGUCCAAAGGUUUGAAAAUUUUAAUAGAGUUAAUGAUCAUGUUAGAGCCAAUGACGCACCUGCCACAAUUAAACCUCUGAAAGGGGAUUCUGCUUCUGAAUUUGAACAUGUGAAUGUGGAGAAGGGGAACUCUCCUGUUGUAUCACAAUUAGAGACAGCUUCUACAGAAGUUGAACUUCCAACCGAAUCAAAUAAAUUGACGGAGAAUGAAAAUCGCAGUGAAAAAGUUGUUCCUAAGGAUAUCUUUUCUGGCAUGAAAGAUAUUGAAUUCCUCUUUAUUAAAGCUUCCGAAUCUGGUAAAGAGGUUCCAAGAAUGCUUGAGGCAAAUAAGUUGCACUUUCGUCCUCUAAUACCAGCUAAAGAAAGUCGUUCAGCUGCCCCCUCAUUUUUAAAGGCAUGUUUCUCAUGUGGGGAAGACCCAAGUCAGCUUCCAGAAGAACCUGCUCAAAACUCGGUUAAGUAUUUAACUUGGCAAAGGACUAUGUCAUCUUUAUCCUCUUCAUCCAGAAACCCUUUGGGACCAAACUCAAAAGAUGACAUAGAGGACCUUACGAAUAAUCUUUUUGAUAGUUUGUGCAUGAUCUCUGGAAGUCACGCGUCAACCUUGGAUAGAUUAUAUGCAUGGGAAAGGAAGCUCUAUGAUGAAGUGAAGGCAAGUGGUAUGAUCAGAAGGGAAUAUGACAUGAAGUGUAAAGUCUUACAGCAUCUGGAAUCAAAAGGAGAAAAGACUUAUAAAAUUGAUAAAACACGUGCUGUAGUCAAGGAUCUGCAUUCAAGAAUUAGAGUUGCGAUUCUCAGGAUAGACUCUAUAUCAAAGAGGAUUGAGGAAUUGCGGGAUAACGAGCUCCAGCCUCAACUUGAGGAGUUGAUUGAAGGGUUAAUUCGGAUGUGGGAAGUGAUGUUUGAGUGCCACAAGCUUCAGUUUCAGAUAAUGUCUGCAGCCUAUAACAACAGCCAUGCCAGAAUGGUCACUAAUUCUGAAUUACGCAGACAAAUUACUUCCUAUCUUGAAGGUGAGCUUCAGUAUCUAUCCUCAAGUUUUAGCAAGUGGAUUGGAGCUCAGAAGUCCUAUCUAGCGGCCAUAAAUGGAUGGCUCUACAAAUGUGUCUCUCUUAAACAAAAAACAAGCAAGAAAAGGAGACCUCAACGACCACUCCUAAGUUAUGGUCCUCCACCAAUAUAUGUCACCUGUGAAAUCUGGUUGGAAAAACUUGGUGAAUUACCCAUCCAAGAUGUUCUAGAUUCCAUGAAGAGUUUGGCCGGUGAAACUGCCCGGUUCUUGCCGCGUCAAGAGAAGAACCAGGGCAAAGGUUCAAAGAAUCCCCACAUGAAAUAUUGGAAUGCUCAUAUCCGCAGUGAAUCAUCAGAUAAUCUACUGAGAGAUGACCCACCAGAGGAUUGGGAUUCAGGUUUCGAUCGAUUUCGGGCAAGCUUUCUUGAGUUUGUUGCUAACUUAAGUAAUUUUGCCGGGUCUUCUGUCAAGAUGUACACUGAACUAAGACAAGCCAUUCAGAAUGCUAAGAAUUACUAUUAUCAUAGGUCUAAUUCUCAGGCUCAAGAUGGUCAGUGGAAUUCUCAACCGCAAGAUGAUAAUUCCAAAUCUCAAUCUCAAGUUUCCAAUUCUGAAAAUAAAAAGCCCUAACAAUAAGCAAAGGGUUGCACAAAACAUGGUGGAGGUGCAGCAUUGUAUUUCUAAUGAAUGUUGAGUUUCAUACAAAGUCUAUUGCAUAAAACAUAGUGGAGUUGAAGGAUUGUAUAGGUUUGGUUAAACUAAUAAAUGUUGAGUUUCAUACAAAGUCCAUUGGAUGUGGCAUUUGUACAUGAAAGAAAGAAAAAGGAAGGAAUAAAGUAUUUAUAGGAUGACCAUACUUAUAUGAUAGUUUCAUCUUUUGAAAAAUACUGUACAAUGGAGUGGUUACAUUACAGGUUAGGCAAAGCUGUUGUUGGUUGGUUCUGUUGAAGUGUUGUUUAUGGAAAGAGAAGGGACUUGUCAAAUGUCAUUUUUGUUAACACAUAUAGGACUUUUACUUAUUUUCAUUACUGAUGUAAUUAUUUGAAUUUAUGGUGUGCAUAUAUGAGCAUUGGUUAAUGUUUAUUUGAA